AUGUGCCCAGAUGAUGAGCCCAAGAUGUUUGAGAUUCACUCACUCUGCAGGGUCCCGUCCCCCACCCCCGGAUACAUUCUGGAGCUUUGUUCACAGAUCAUGAAACACACCCCACUGAGGACAAACAAGCCCUUUUAUUUGAAAUCGCACCCAAGCGAGCAAACGUGCAUUAAUGUGGUGUUUGGACUGCUUGCAGUUGCUGGGCUUCUGUUUGUGAUAAGAAUUCAUGUCAUGAAACCCUCCGAUGCAGUUUCUGCGGGAGAGGAAGAUGGGGUUCUCAACACCCACAAUAAUGACAACCGAAACACAGAAAGAGACAGGGGGACCGAGAUGGGCAGCAGCCCUAGAUGCAAUGAUUCAUGCAAUUUCCAGCUAGUGGAAAGCCUUCCCUGGGACAUGCCAUAUGGACCAAACAGCAGUGCUGCAAAGCCUUUAUACCAAGCAUGGAUGGAGUUGUUAAAUAUAACCCAGGAAAGCAUUCAUGUGGCUUCUUAUUAUUGGAGCUUGACUGGAGAAGACCUUGGCGUAAAUGACACAUCGUCUAAGCAGGGUGAAGAUGUUCUCAAGAAAUUCGAAAGCCUGCUUCUGAAGAAUGUGUCUGUGUUUAUUGCAACAAGCGUGCCAUCUAAGGCUAGACAUUCAACUGACCUUGAAGUCCUGGAGAAAAGAGGAGCCCAAAUAAAAAGGAUUGAUUUUGGACAGCUCACCCAUGGUGUCAUGCACACCAAAUUCUGGAUUGUAGACAAGAAACACGUAUUUCUUGGUAGUGCCAACAUAGACUGGAGAGCCCUGACUCAGGUUAAAGAAGUCGGGGUUUUGAUCAGCAACUGCAGCUGCUUAGCUAAGGAUCUCUGGAAAACCUUCAGAACCUAUUGGGAUCUUGGGGAACCAAAUGCCACCAUCCCGUCUCCAUGGCCGAGCAAUUAUUCUACCAAUAUCAACAGCCACAGUCCUUUGGAAGUGCUGUUAAAUGGAACCAGCACUGAAGUUUAUUUUUCUGCUUCUCCUGCUUCCUUUUGUCCUGGGGGUCGAACCUUUGAUCUUGUGGCAAUUCUCGAUGUUAUCUACGAUGCAGAAAAAUUUGUCUAUGUCUCCAUUAUGGAUUAUUUCCCUACGAGCCGCUUCAGACACCCACCAAGAUACUGGCCACCCAUCGACAAUGCUCUGAGAAGUGUGGCGUUACACCGAAAUAUACACAUACGGCUUUUAAUCAACUGCUGGGUCCAUACUGAUUCUUCCAUGUUUCGUUUCUUGGAGUCACUGAGCGUCCUUAGUGAUCCACAUGCCAACAUCACAAUCGAAGUGAAAAUCUUCACUGUUCCAGUUGGAAAUCACACAAACAUCCCCUUUGCAAGGCUGAAUCACAGCAAAUAUAUGGUGACUGACAAGGCAGUCUAUAUUGGAACUUCUAACUGGUCAGAAGAAUACUUCAGCAUCACUGCAGGUGUGGGACUGGUUGCCAAGCAGUCUUCAGCAGGCGCCACAAAGAGAAACCCUACAAUACAGGAGCAACUGAGGGCUCUCUUUGAACGAGACUGGAAUUCCAAAUAUUCGGUAAAAAUGGAAGACCUGCCUGGGCAGAAAGACUGUGCUUGGGAAGAUGGAUUUAAAAGUUAUUUUAAAAGCUAAAUUAUUAUUAUUUAUUGCUAAUGGGAAUUCAGUUAUGAGCUUUCUGCGUGUGAAAUUUAGGAUCGUUGUGGAGUUGCCAGAUGUUGAAUGUUUUAGUUCAGGAUGUUUCAAACCUUGAUCACGGAGUAGUCCCGUUCACAAAUUUCAUUUUUAUGGAAUCGUAUAGCUGGAAGGGAACUUGGAUGUCAU